AUGCCCGCGUCGCCCUUCUACCACCGCGACGACGAUCGCGACGCAACCCACAUCACCCUCGCUGCCUCCGACAUGUCUCUAAGAGACCCGUCUCCCAUGUUCGCCUAUGACGACCAUUCGCAAUACGACUCAGGCGCAAUGAUCUUUGGCCUCGACCUCGACGACUCGUUCAGCCCGCAGGAGAGCAAGCCACAGUUGUCAUGGGACCCCCACUACCCGAGCUACAGCAUGUCCUCUAUCCCCUUCCCCGGCUCGCCCGACUCGACAACCAGCCAGCUCGAGCCCGUCUCAAAUGGCCACAAUCGGCGCUUCGACUCCACCUUCUCUAACUGCUCGUCGAACUACUACCCCCCGACACCAGAGUUCAGCGAGUCUGCGCUGUACUCGAACUGGAUCGCCGACCCCGACGCGUCACGAACAGCGUCUAUGCCGAUUCCCAUCCCCGGCGGCCAUGCGCAGUCGCCGACAUUGUCGUCACCAUACGCCGCCUUCAGUGAGAACUCUGCGAUAUUUCCUGACGUCGACGCAUUCUCCCCGAAUACCGCCUUCGCCGCACUACAGCCACUCCCGCUUUCUCCGCCGGAAGACACCGUGAUGAUGGACCAACUGCGCAGCGAGCUCUCCGGCGCCGUCUCUCCGUCCGCGAACCUCUUCGCCGACCCGAGUGCGCCCUCCUGGGCUUCGCAGUUGUGGGCCGCACAGUCGACCGUGCCUUCUCCCGGAGCUCCGGUGCCUAUCGGGCCCCUAUCUACAGAAGACAACUUCGCGACCCAAAGGCAGCGAGUUCCUGUGCGAAGAGGGACUUCAGUCACACAACUGUUCCAGUCUUCUAGUGCGCCUUCGCCGUCCCACGCCCGCCCGCCGCUUCUGCACUCGCACUCGCGCCCGUACAGCACCAGGCGGUCAGAGUCGAUCAGCGAACACGAUGAUCGCGACGCCACCGUCCGCAAGAAGAAGCGGCCUGUGGAAGAGGGCGAAUUGCAGCCCCGAGAGAAGCGUUCCGAGAGUCCUCCCCUCAAGUCGACGCUUCGCCCGCCCAAACUGGCGCCCUCGGCGUGGCAGCUGUAUUUCACCGAUUGGAUCCAGCGCCACCAGGCUUCCAGUUCGAAGAAGCUCAAUGUCGCGCAGGCCGCGAAAGAGGCCGGACAGGAGUACGCUAAGCUGUCUGACGAGGAGAAGGAGCCGUACAGACGUCGCUCCCUGGAGGCCAAGGAAGCGCGAGAGCGCGAACUCAACGCGUAUAUGCGCACCCUGACGCCCGAGGACAUCAAGCGCGAGAACCAGUAUCGGACUGCGCAGCGCAAGGCCGGGAAGUCUCGCAAGGGGAAUCUCAAGGACCCGAACGCGCCGAAGAAACCGCUGAGCGCGUACUUCAUGUUCCUGCAGCGCAUCCGGUCGGAUCCCGAGCUUGUCCAAGAGGUUUUCGGUGACGAGACCGAGACUACGAAGCAGAGCGUCUUGGCCGCAGGCAAGUGGCGCUCGAUGACUGAUGAACAGCGCAAGCCGUUCCUCGCGCAGGCCGAACAGGAGAAGCUGGAGUACGAGUCCGCACGUAAGAUGUAUGAGGAUGGCACGACGGGCUACGGCACGAGUAUCAACUUCAGCAUCCUCCCCGGAAGCCCCAUCAACCUCAUGCCGAUCCCGAGGAACACCCCGCACCCGCUCAAGCAGGAGGCGCUGAGCUCGGAGAGCGAGAGCGAUGACUUCAUGACCGACGACGGCGCCGACCAUACCCUUGCUAUCCCCCGGCGCCGUUAA